AUGCCAAACGGCCUUCAACGACUUGAAGAUGUAUCUCUCGUCUCCACCGCUGCUCAGUUCGUCCGUGCAAGGCGAAGAACUCUACCUUUAUUUGGCCGUCUCACAAGCCGCAGUAAGCGUAGCUUUGGAGAGGAGGAUGGAACACAGAAACCCGUUUCCUUUACCAGCCGUGCACUCCGUGGAGCAGAGGAGAGGUACCCUCAGAUGGAAAAGUUGGCUUUCGCGUUGGUAAUCACCGCCCGAAGACUUAAGCCAUACUUCCAGGCGCAUACAAUCGUUGUCUUAACGGACAAGCCACUGAGAAAAGCCAUGAAUAGCCCAGAAGCAGCAGGAAGAAUGGCUUUGUGGGCAAUAGAACUAAGCGAAUUCGACAUCCAAUACCGCCCGCAGACGGCCAUAAAAGGGCAGGCAACAAGUCGGAGGAGCCGGAGUAGUGAUCCAAACUCCGCAAGGGGACAAGAUACAAUGUAUGAUCCGACUGAUUUUCCAACAACCAACAACGAGGCAGAGUAUGAAGCCUUGGUCGCAGGGCUAGACCUUGCAAAGGCCGCGGGAGCAGAAAACAUAAUUGUCCACUGCGAUUCACAUGUGGUGACGAGUCAGUUCAAUGGCGACUAUGAGUGCAAGAACGAUAGAAUGAAGAGGUAUUUAGAAAAAGUGAAAUACCGAAUCAACAACCUUGAAGUCGAAUUCAUUCAGAUCCCAAGGGAAGAGAACGAAUGCGCUGACCACCUAGCAAAAGCUGCGUCAGCCGAAUUCAUGCUGGUUCCCGAACAAGUAUUAUCAUUCGUCCAAAUCUCCUCACUUAUCGAUGACGGAACAAAUAUGCAGGUUGUAAAUUCUGAAUAUAACUGGACCACGCCAUUGAUCUCCUACCUAAAGGCUGGGGUGUUACCAGACGAGAAGGGCGCCGCAAGAAAGCUGAAAGUCCAGGCAUCACGGUUCGUGCUGAUAAAGGACGUCUUAUAUAAAAAGGGUUUCUCUCUACCGUACUUGAGUUGUUUGUGCAAAAAGGAAGCAGAUUACGUGAUGAAAGAAGUACACGAGGGUAUCUGUGGGAACCACUCGGGCGCGCGAUCAUUUGUACACAAGUUGAUCCGAGCAGGAUACUACUGGCCUACAAUGAUGAAGGAUGUGCAAGCCUAUGUCCUGUCCUGCGACAAAUGCCAGAGGUACGAGAUACCCAGGGUACUGGUCUCUGACAAUGGUAAGCAAUUCGACAACAGCGCGUUCAGAGACUUCUGCUCGAAGCUAGGGAUCAAGAAUCACUACUCGUCACCCGCACACCCACAGGCGAAUGGGCAAGUUGAAGUCACGAACCGAUCCUUACUUAAAAUAAUCAAGACUCGUCUCGAGGGGGCAAAGGAAGUGGGGCUCACGAGCUACCGGGUGGAGAGCUACGAUGAAGAUAAGAACAAAGAGGCUAUACGCCUCCAGCUCGAUCUAGUGGAUGAAGUCAGAGCGGCAGCAGAGCAGAGGUUGGCGCGCUAUCAGAAUCUCAUGGCGAAAUACUACAACAACAAAGUGAGGCGUAGGGACUUCCAGGUCGGGGAUCUUAUACUACGGAAAGUAAUGGGUGCCGCUAGAGAUCCUUCACAAGGAAAACUCGGCCCCAACUGGGAAGGACCCUAUAGGAUCGCAUCAUGGCAAAGGAAGGGCACCUACCACCUCGAGACAAUGGACGGACAAAAACUGCAGCACCCUUGGAACACGGAGCAUCUUCGGAAAUACUACCAGUAG